AUGGCGAAGCAGCAGAAGAGCCUCUUUGACUUUUUCGCCAAAAAGAACGAGUCCUCUGCUGCUGUUGCCGUUGAAGCAGCAGCAGCUGCAGCAAAUGAGAGGGGCAUGGGGAAGGAGGAGCUGCCGCUGGUGGUGCUGUCAUCGUCAGUGGCACCGAAUUCAGCACCGACGGCGUCGACUGCGUUUGGUGUGACACCGUCGGCCGGUGAGUCCUCCCGUGCCGAUUCUAAUGAGACGGUGCCACCGCGAGCUGAUGCAGAGGGGCGCCGCAGCAACGCGGCGCUUGGGACGUGCUGCGGCGCCAAGCGAUGGCGGAGUGCCGUUCAGACAUCCCUUGACUUUGGCCAAAGCGACGCUGGAGGUGUGACAAAGUGCCGCCUGUGCGGAAUGGUUUUCAACGCCACGGUGAAGGAGGACGUCUGCUUGCAUGCACGCUGUUGCACGGCGUUGUCGUCAUCAUCGCCGUCGCCAUCAUGGGCCAAGAAAAGCAGAUGCGGCACUGAGGCCACCGACGCGUGGCUUGCCUCGGAGUUAUUGGGCAAGUCACUUGAGAGCAUGGUACAUCAUCAACGACGAGGCGCUGCAAAAGCACCGGCUCGCUGCAGCAGUGGAGACUUCUGCGUCCGGUUACCAGAGUCGGUCGACGAUGAAUUUAUGUGCUACGUGUUCGACUGCAGCAAGCGCGGCUUCGCAGAGGACGCGGUGGCGAUCCGCCUCGCAGAGGCAUUGCGGUUCCCUGACGUUGUGUUGCCCGCUGCCGCGUACUGCCUUGUUGUGAUGCUCCAUCGCCGUGCAGGGCGGCUUUUGUGUGCCGUUGCGGGAAGGCCGUCGACGCGCGAGCAGGACCCCGCGCUGGUGGUGCGGCGCGAUAAAGACGGCACCACAACACGCUGCGGUACACGCACAUGUGUGACGUUCUGCGACGUGCCGUAUGUGUGGUGCCAGCGUGACGCUGUGCUCGCUGCGUCGGCGUCAGACUGGUGGCCGGCUCGCACGGUGGCGGCGCUGCAGUCGACGGGUGCGGCGGUGCGCGACUUCUUCUCCCAGCGCGGUGGCGGGCACGCGGAGGAGCAGCAGCAGCGGCUGCACACGCUUGUGGACGCUGCGCUGCAUCGUUCCGUGAUGGCGUUGGGUCGCCACGUUGUGUACGGCCACGCGCUGUCCCCGCGUGCACAAUUUUCGUACGAUAACGUUGCCCUCCGCGAAGACGUGCUGGACCGCGUGGCGGCUGUCACGGCGUGCGACAACGAUGGCGAAGACGCGUCACCCCUCUUUACGCACGCGGGCGGUUGUGGUGACGUAGCGAAUGACGCUGAGAGUGAACUGUCGGUGGUAUCGUACGGUGACUGA